AGGUUGUGAAGAUGAGAAAAGAUGUGAAGAGAAUCCGAGUUUUGGUUAUCCGAAAACUUGUCAGGAGUGUUUCCAGACUGAAGUUAAAAAAGGGUACUGAAGAUGCACUGUCAAAAAACCAAAGACGGGCACAAAGAUUGCUUGAAGAAAUUCAUGCCAUGAAGGAAUUGAAACCUGAUGUCAUAACUAAAUCUGCUCUUGGUGAUGAUAUCAACUUUGAAAAAAUCUGCAAAAAGCCUGAUUCUACUGCAACUGAAAGAGCAAUUGCCAGAUUAGCAACACACCCUCUUCUCAAGAAAAAAAUAGAUGUGCUAAAAGCUGCUGUCAAAGACUUUAAAGAUGCAAGACAAAAUGUUUCUGAAGUAAUAUCAUCAAAGAAUGCUUCAGAAGAAACUCAGUCCAAGGACACUUUGUGUUCAAAUGAUGAUGCCAGAAAGUUACAACAUGAAGGAACUAUUAUCAGUGAGCAAAAAGAAAAAGAAACCAAAAUAUUGACAAAGAAACCAAUAAAUAAUUCAAAAGGAAAAAUAGCCAAGAUGGAACAUGAACCAAAAUCAGUAAGCAUUCCAAAUUCUCCAUCAAAGCCUGCUGUAAAGGAUUCUGUCAUUUCCUCUGAACUGCGGAAAACACCUGCUGCACCAAAAGUGAAAACAUUAAGUCAAAUCAAAGAUAAGAAAGAGCCCCCAAACUCCCUUGAUGAUAACAGUGAUGGAGAAGAAUUACAUGAAGAAGAGAAAGAAUAUUUUGACGAUAGCACAGAAGAAAGGUUUUACAAACAGUCUUCCAUGUCUGAGGAUAGUGAUAGUGGUGAUGACUUCUUCAUUGGGAAAGUCAAACGGACAAGAAAGAAAGAAAAUAGUUGCCCUUCUUCAGUUAAGGAACAGAAAGCACCCCCCAGAUUGUUAUCUGAGGAGGAGAUUCUUGAUACCCCUCAAGAUUUUAGAAAUGAUAAAAACAUGCCAAAUACAGGAAUAACAAAAUUUGAAUCUGUGUUUUUCCAUUCUUUAUCAGGAUCUAAAAGUUCUAGAAGAACUUGCAGAGAACAGGUUCCAAAAAGCAAAGCCUCAGGUUUUCAGCAAAAUGAACCUCAAGUCAAGAAUUACCUUAAUAAGAGUACACAGAGAAGAUUUGAAAAUACAAAGCAGCACUCACAGCUGCCUCUUCAUCCUUCAUGGGAAGCAAGCAGGAGGCGAAAAGAACAGCAAUCUAAAAUUGCUGUGUUUCAGGGGAAAAAGAUUACAUUUGAUGAUUGAUCGCUCUUUGUGAAUUUUUUCAUCUAAAAACUAUUUUUCUGUUUACCAGUCCAUUAUUUAAACAUGUGUGAAUAAUUCUCUUUGGAGGGAUUAUAGAAUAAAUUUAAUUUUGUUUUGUUUUUUCUCUCUUUUUUUUUUCAGUGUGUCAAAGUUAAUUUUAUAUAAACCCCUCAUAAAUCAAGUACAAACAUAGAUUUUUUUUCUUUCUAUGUCCUAGCCUAUUCUCUCUAUAAAAGAAUUUUGAGAUUACAGUUACCUUAGACUUUAUUUGUGGCUACCAUAAAGUAUAUUUUACUGGAUCAUCUGUAUUUCUUUGCUUUGAAAAUCAAUAUUGAGAUAUUUUUAGAAUAAUAAUGGACAAGUGUGAAGAAUUGUAACUAUUUAAAAUAAUUUAGCUUUGUUAAAAUCUUUUUAGCAAAGCUAACAUAGUAACUUAUUCUGAGUAUGCAGAAAAUAAAUUGUACAAAUCAAUAUUUUUAUUAUAGCAUUACUUAUUUGUGAUCAUGUACUUUUUGUUUGAUCUAAAUAGUUUCCCAGGACAACUUUGGAUUUCUGAAUUAGAUUGUAGUUACUUAGGUAAUGUUUAUGUUGUCUCACAACCAAAAAUUGAUUUUCUAUUUCAUUGCCUAUAAAUAUUUCCAUUUAAUCCAGAAUCUGCUACAUCCAGUUAUUUGACCAUUUUUCUCACAGAAACAGUUUUUAAGGUGUCAAACUUGGAGCUUUACGAAAAAAUUCUAAAAGAGGUAUGACUGAAAGAACACAUCCACUGAUAGCUUGCUUCCUCUACAUUGAAGUUACAAGUUGACUCACUCAGGCAGGGACUGCUUUGUUUAUCAUAAUACUGUUACUUCAAAGGAAAACAUGAUUUUUAAAAUUCCUUUAAAUGUUUCAUUUUUUCCUACUCUGGAAGAAAUGAAAACUGCGUAAUGUUAGCUAAACCCCAUGUUUUCUAUACAUCAGUGAUGUUAAUGGCAAGGAAAUCCUCUGGUUAGCAGUACUUCACAAGCUCUGAGAAGUCACUUCUAUCUUUUUCAAGAGCUUGAGAAUUUAGAUAUCUAGAAUAAUGUAAUUCAAGAGUUAUACAGUAAAAAUAUUU